AUGGAAUAUGUAAAACCGAUUGAAACAGUCGGACACAUCACAAAACUCGAAGACGGGUAUGCGUUUGCGAAAAUUCCCGACGGAAGCAGUGUUUUCAUCCCGAUACAGGCCGCCAGACUCAAAGAAACGUUGACCAGCAUGAAGGAAAAGUUUGCGUGAGUGCGUCAUUCUAACGGUUCGCUAAUUCCGUCGCAGACGUAUUUUCAGUUACAAAGAAGAAGUAAGUUUGACAAUUUCCCCGCAAAAAGGAAAAAAUGACUGCAAAUAUGUGGCGACGAGAGUGAGUUCUCAAGAGAUUCCUAGGAAAGCCAUCUGAUCUCGUAUUAUUUCAGAUUAAAAAGGUGAAAAAGGUCACUGAGAGUACAUCGGACCCGGCUCCCGAACUGUCUGCCGAAGUUCACGGACCAAUCGUGCGUUUUUUAUCGUUCUAAUCCUAUUAUCGAUUUUCUUUCAGGCUGUUCGAGUGACCAGCUCAACGGAUUCGUAUGCGUUCGCAGAAUCCGAAGUCUUCGGAACGAUCUUCUUGCCAGGAGACGCUUUUGAUAAAAAAUUCGUGAAACGCGUGCAUGCAUAUGCUCCCCUCAACACUAUUUUGGUUGUGAAAGUGAAGGAGCAAGCUGAAACAAACAAAUGCAGUUGGGUGGCAGUGGAAGCUGUUAAACAUUUCGGAGCGGAGAGGGAGGAAGUGGAUGACAGUAAUGCGAUCGAGACGCGAUCUUUCGGAACAGUUUUAGAAGUGUUUCCAACUAAAGUUGUAGUGCUCGAUCCGAAUCUGCAUGCUAUUGUUCGGUAAGCUUCACAUCACAUUUAAUAAUCUAUUAAUAGUAAAAAUAGUAAAUGCUAAUCUUUUCAGUUGCUCCAUUCUCACAUACGUCGGAGGACUUCGUGGUCGCAGCGCUCAAACUGAGAGCCUCGCGGACUUGAUCAAAGUGGACGAGCGUGUGAUGUACAAGGCGAGAUACAGAGAGGGAACGGACGAAUACGACGCGCUCGAAUGGAAACACAUUGGCGAGACGGGGACCAUUGAUGAGAGAAAGAAACCGACGAGCGACUCUUAUGUGCAGACUCCCCCGUGCCAUACGGUAGGCUUAAUAAUUUACAACCUCUCUCGUAAAACGAAUUUGCUCUUUCAGCAACUAAUUCUCAAAUCCAUACUCACACGACUUCCGGAAGAGCUGACUCGAUUCAGUAGCAUGCUGGAACACCUGCCGGAUGCUUCGCUUCCUGAUAGUUAUUUGAGAGAGCGGGACGCGUUUGAGGAGAUGAGGAACUCUGCAGCUCAAACUGACUGA